GAGCGGCAUUUAUCAACUCGAGGUAACCGUUGCGUGUACUCGACUUGCACCCGUUUUGUACAUAGUUUGGGAACAAAGAGCUUUCAGUUGACCAGCCUUUAAUUACACCUCGGUUUGUGCGAUCAUAAAUAAUCUGCUGAUCUAUUAAUCAAAACGCUUUUUUUGUACUUAUUAAUGUGCCAUUUAGUUUUACACUACUUCGUUUGUUUAACAUGUUUUAGCAUUAGAAAGAACUCUACAGAAGUAAUCGUGCAGUUUUUGUCAGGAUCUUUAACUGGUAUUAAUAAUGAAAUAAUCUUAUGUAUGGACCAUGCGGUCGAUACCUACUAAUAGUACUAAUUAUUACUUCAAUAUUUUACCGCAAAAAGCCCGAUUUUGAACCACAAGCUUACUUCUACGAAAAUCUUUGUAAAGUUUCUAAAAACCGGACAUGUGCGAGACGGACUCGUCCACCAACGGAUCCGUACAAAAUUUUUUUUUUUUACUAAUAGAUAGUUUUUUGACUUUUCCCUGUACUUACUUGUUGUAGUGUAAGACGAUAUUACUUGUCAAAUUUCAUAGUUCUAGGUCAACGGGAAGUACCUUAUAAAUUUAUCAUGGUCAUAAAGCGGGUCGUUGUUGUUCUAUAACAAUUGUAAAAAGUGUGCAGAAAUGAUACGUUUCUGCUCUAGAGCAAUCUGUACCUUCCAAGUACGUUUAUUUUCUUUUUUUUGAACGAUAAGCAAUUAAAAUUUUGGCUUUAAAUGGAUUUGUGUACAUUUUUCAUCCUGAUAAUAAUUCCCCAUUCCAUAAAUAACGAUAUUUUUUUUAUAUUAUCAUAAUAAUACAUUACGAUACAAGUGCGAAAAGUAGGAAAUUCGAAACGAGUGGCGAUAAAUUAAAACACGACCGAAGGGAGUGUUUUAAAUCGACACGAGUUGCGAAUUACUUAUUCGCACAUGUAUCGUACAACGAUUUACAGUACAUAUGGCCCUUUAAAUGUUCGAUACAGUAACGUAAUAUGCUAAUUUUCGCACUAGUGCGGUAAAGUAGCACCAUAUGUAAUGUAAUGUACUAUUAACCAUUACAGUCGACGAGUAGAAAAAAUAAAAAAAAUUGAGACUUUACUUCAUUUUUUACUGCUUCAAGGCACUGUAGACCUGAGUAUAUGGUUUUAUACCUACACGCCUUCCCGAGAUAAAGGAUCUUGACAGACAAACAGACGGCCUGACGGAUGGACAACAAAGUGAUCCUAUAAGGGUUCCAUGUUCCUUUUAAGCCCUAAAAAACGAAGUAUAUAAUGAUGUAAAAAAUAUGCUAUUAGUAUUAAUAGCUGAUGGUUAUUAUCGUAAUAUGCUAAAUCGCGUAACAUGGUCAUAGACUAUGACUAGGAUUACAAAGAGUCCCAAACUAGUCCCUCAGUGGUACAAAAGGCAAGGGCAAAGGGUACAAAAUGAGAAAAUAUUUGUCACGCUAAGUCAGACCAAGCUAACUUGGCAUCGAUUUUGAUAGCCCAGCCUGUGCAAGUGUUAAGUAAACAUCAUAAUUUCAUAGAAGAUUGACGUUUAAAAUAACACUUGCACUGUCUGAGCUGUCAAAAUUGCUGGCAACUUAUCUUGGUCUGACUCUAUUCAGUAUUCAUUUUGGGGAGGCUCAGCCUGAAUCAAACUCAAAUAGACGCUUUGUAUCUUUAGGUAUAACGGGGUAUGCUAAUGCGCUCUGCUUGAAAUGUGUAUUAGCCUAAAAGUAAGUAGGUACCUACCUAUAAUUGGUGGUGUAGAAAUAUUUUUAGGCCGUUGGGGUGUUAAACUUUCAUAGAAGCGUGGACAAUAGCAAUUCGACGUCACUUAUUUAUGAAUAAGUUCAUCAUCUAGAGUAGCACAAAGCCUUCACAUUGAAAUUCCGCCCGUGGAAGCAAAGGUCUCGCUAAAUAUGCGCGUCAAAGUAAAGGAAUGUAUUACGUUGGUUUAAUUGGAAAAACGCGAUGGGGGUGCGAGGUCAGUUGAGUGGGCUCCCUCCUCCCAUAAUAGGCAGUUACGAUACGAUCUCAGGGCGAGCAGUCGAGCUGGGUGCUCGGUGCUCGGCAGUGCCGCGCCACUCGCCCCAGCGGUCGCCAACCACCGGUUCGCCGAUUGUCACCAAACAUUGGCAAUUUUCGAGUGUAAAAUACAGAAAAAACUUUACGUAUGGAUGCCGGCUAAUAUUAGACCCAUGAAACAUGGGCUGCACGAGCAGCGCUCCAAGUAUGGCUCCAGCGAAUGCCACAGAAAGAAAUAUAUCAUUUGCAGACGAAGAAGAAAAGCCAACGGAGGAAUUAAAGAAAAUGGAAACCCAAACACAAGCCAUUAUUGAAAAUAAGGUGCUUCCUAAUAUGUGUGAUAAUUUAGGUGAAUCAAUUCUGUUAUCUCAAACAGGCAAAUCUAUAUUAGAUACAAGUCAGCGAAUAGAUAAAGAUGUACAGACGGAUAGUUUUAGGAUAGAUAACGAAAACGCCUGGGAUGAAAGUUUUAGAAUAAUGCAGGAAGAAAAAGAACACAAUACUCCAAAAUUAGAAGAAGUGGUCGAGCAAGUGGUGGAGAUGUUGCAUUCAGAUAACACACACAGAGAGAGUGCGAGGAAUACUCCUGAGGAGCCUGAAGCUGCCCCCGAAGUCGCGGAGGUUAGCGAAGAAGUCAACGCUGUGGACACUGCAGAAGAACUAAACAAAAAUUGCGAGCAUUUAGAAGAAAUGGUCAGCCCGAGUCUGUCGGAGAGCAGUCGGGCAACUCGCUGGGAAGCGCUAGCGGACAUCGCGGCAGAACUGCCGCCGUCACUUGCCGUCGACCCUCUUACCGGACAAAUCUACACCUUAAAGUGAACGAUGCUCAGGCGCCGGUUGACUUCAAGGACUAACUAACGCUGGCAACCUCACUAAAAAUCUAAUUCAAUCUACCUAUACUAUAUCCAAGUGAUAUAGUUACAGAGUUCUAAUUCAACGUAAUCACGUCAUCAAUCACGUAAUGUUUACUUUUAACUCUCAAUUGCUCAAUGGUUGACUGGAAGAGAUCCCUUAUCUAGGAUCUUAAGAUGCCUUGCUAUAUAAGAUAGGGUUAUUCCCACUAGUUACCACCAAGUUGUUACCAGUGGUAACUACUGGGAAUUUUUUCCCACCUUUUACCACUGGUAACUACUUUUACUAGUGUAAAAGGUGGGAUUUUUUUUUUCGCAGUAGUUACCACCAAAAUUUGGUUGGUGUUCAAUACUAAUAAAAACAGUCUAAAUAUAGAGGGCUUUAAUCAAUAAUUAAUUGAAAGUCAAAUUAAUUAUAAGUUAAUUCGUUAUUAGUUUAAUUAUAAGUCGAUUACUGUUUCAGUAAACUACCUUAAAAGUGAUCAAAAGUAGUCAGUCUUUGUCUGAUUUGUUUGUUCGUUCGUAUAAUUGUCACGUAAUUUAUUAAAACGGACCUUAUUGUCGAUGGCGCUUGAAGGAAUAACCCUAUAAGGUAUUGUAAUAUACCAAAAUAUAUAUUAUAUAUCUUCGUGUGUGGACUCUGUGAAAUGAUACGUAAUAUAUCGUAAGAUGCCUUAUUAUAAGAUAUGUUUUGGUAUAUUCUCGCUCCGUCUGUGAUGGGCUUUAAGAGGAAAGAGGACGGCCGCUUUCCCCCCCUUUUUCCUCUCUGGAUCCAUUAUAGAAAAUAUUUUUAAUAAUAUUUAUAAUUUGAUGUUUAUUAACCAUAACUAUGCCCCUACGAAAAAUAGAUUUCAUUACUUUUUUUAAAUACUCCUAACUUUAAAAAUUAAUAGCUGUUAUUGAUAUACAUCAAAUUGUGUCAAUAUAUUGUCAAUAAUGUUAAUAUCCAGAGAGAAAAAUGAGUACUACGUUUGUAUGAAAAGGCUAUUUCGCGCGGGUCCUCCGCUUUCGUCUUAAUCUCUUUUAGGCACUAAAGUGAUGUUUACAUACAUAGGUAGGUACAACAUACUAAAAGUUAGUAGGUACCAGCUCUAAACUAUCUCUUACUGUAAACGAACGUACCGUAAAGGGCACUCCACACUCGUGCGCGAAUCGAGGCGCGAAGCCGCGAAUGCGAGUGUAGAGGGCCCUCGCGUCGAUUUCGCAGAUUGUUCACGCCUUCGCGCCUUAUUCCCCGUUUUUUGUCGGUAUUUGGCCCGCGUCAAAGGAGAUGCGAAGCGCGAACUUGCAAGACUCGCGAUCGCUUCGCGCCGCGAUUCGCUCACGAGUCGGUUAAUCUGUGAAACUGUCAUAACCUUCUAUGGCGGCUACUUGGUUAUAUUGGGUGCGAACCUGAUCAACCAAAAAUCAAUUUGACAGUUCCCAGUUUGAAUCAGUGCCUUGCCACAAACUAAAUCCGAUCAGCUGACGCUUCGGCGCCAUCUUGCCGCGAACCAAACUGCGAAAUUGCCGUGAAGUUGUGCGUACAUUUUCAAUUAGGCACAAUCACACAAGCACUGGAUCUCGGUCUCAAGCUACAAUACACAAUCAAAUCACAGAUAGUUCAAGAAUGAUUUAUCUGUGUACCUUUAAACGUCUAUGAUGUUCCGAAAAUCACUUCGUGGUUUUUUAUAGUUCCGUUUGUUAUGGAAUUUGUGGACUUAAGAGGAAAGGGGACGAUGGGGGGGGGGGGGGAUUCCAUAAAAACGUAGGCCACAUUUCCCUUUCUGGAUAUUAUUAAUUAUGGAAGGUAGAGGCAAGGAACAGAAUCUCCUUAGGCAGAACUGUUGCAAAAGUGUCCAGCUGUCAGCUAUAAAUAAUAGUUCCACAUCUUUUCAGAGUAGCGCUAGAGUAGCUAAGAACCUCGGCGUUAUUGACGGAGUGAAGUGCGCUGUCUAUGAUUAGAUUUUUUUCACAAGUAUCCUAGGUAUUGUAGCGCCACCUAUUUAUGGUUUUAUGUCGGACGCUUUUUGGCAUAUGGAGAUUUUGUUCCUUGCCUCUACCUUCCAUAUUAUUAAUAUUAUAGAAAUGACGUUUAUACAAUUUGAUGUAUAAUAACCACCGCUAUACGUCCCUACAUUUGUUUUUAUUUUCAAUUUUUGAAGUGAAAACUUCUUUAGCGGCGCUGUGCACUUUUUGUGAUGGGGAAAAAAUAUUAAAUUCGUGUCAGGGGUCACGUAACCGACAGAUUGAAAGAGACCUAAGACGGACACGUGACAUCAUGGUGACGUGCAAAUUGAAUGUCAUCGAAGCCUCGUUACUUUGGAAAAAUCGUAUAGUCUCAUUCAAGUGUGACAUUUUAUUUUCUUCAUAAUUAUGGAAGGUAGAGGCAAGGAACAGAAUCUCCUUAGGCAGAAAUGUUGCAAAAGUUUCCAGCUGUCAGCUAUAAAUAAUAGUUACAAAUCUCUCCAGAGUAGCGCUAGAGUAGCUAAGAACCUAGGCGUUAUUGACGGAGUGAAGUGCACUGUCUAUGAUUAGAUUUUUUUCUCAAGUAUUCUAGGUAUUGUAGCGCCACCGCCACCUAUUUAUGGUUUUUUGUCGGACACUUUUUGAUAUAUGGAGAUUAACAGAAUCUUGCCUCUACCUUCCAUAUUCAUAAUCAAAGUGCUGUCAUAACGGUUAAAGAGGUUUAAUCUUUGUUAAUUGUGUUGUAUUGUAUCUUUGUGUUUUUAGGUUUCCAUGAUUGCAGAUACUCAAAUGUUUCCUUACCAAAAAGUUAAAUAACAGAAAAGAAGCGUGAUUGUUUUACUUAAUAUGAUGGUGAACGAUUCAUUAACAUUUACUGAUUGUGUAGGCAUUAGGCCUGCUCACGUCUCAUGAAUUACUCUGUGUAUGUUAUACAGUAACACUAAAAAUCGCAUUUCAAAAUAUCUUCCACACUCAAAUUUAUUUACGUAGGUAUAAUAGAGAAUUAUCUCUUUUUAUAAAACUGCUACUCAAUUUCUCCAAAA